CGAGCUAACUUAGUAGAUUUUACGAUACCCUUAUUGCCCAGCUUCCACCGGCUCGAACAUUACAACAUGUUCUGCACUCAGUCAGUAAUGCAGAAGGAAGCUAGCUAGCUAGCUAGCAACGCACGCUGUUGGUUUCGAUUCGAUUCAGUCUCCAUCGAUCCUUUCCUCCAUACUUCAGAUUCAUUAUAACCCCAACAAUAGACUAUUGACCAAGAUGAUGAAUCCGCCACUCCACAACUUCAUGAACAGUCUGUUCUCAGGUCCUGCCUUUGUACAUGGGCAAGGUAAAGUUCAGUGCGAAGCGAAGGAAAGCGACGCAUUCGACGAUUUCGUGUCGGUCCAAUGUGUGACCAAAAUCGUGUGCAAGCUGAGCAGUAUCGAUCAAGACUGUCAAAUCAACAUUGUGCAAGAUAACGCCUGUGUCCAUGCCAAAGCCCCAUUGUUUCCCUACCAUCAUUCUCAUCAUCACCAAGGAGUAAAGGGGGGGCAUUGUGGGAGAGACUUGGACCUAUCCAACUCGGAAACUCGGUUUCUAUCCGAUACCAGUGCCGAGCGGGUAGAGGAAACCAGCAGGCAGCCUCGACGACCCCGUCGGAGAUUGAGCGUGGACUUUGGACACUCCAACUUUAUUUCGCCGGAAGAGGCACAACUGCACGUGGCAACAGCAGCAGCCGCCAGGCAAAACAACAACAGCAGCAACAACAACAAAGCCAAGUGCAACAGUAUCCCCAAGCGUCCUCUUCGAAAGGCUACGUUGGAGUUUGCGUCUCCCCCAGCAGCGGCUCCUGCAAGAGUCGCCAAAAUUGCUGCGUGCAUUGAUUCCAAGAAGAAAGCCAUUGGAGAAGGGGCGCCUGGCAACACUGCCCCCUCACCACCACGGAUACCCCAACGAAGAGGUACCAUGGACCUGGGUGGUCCAUACGUACCGCAAGGAACUCCCACAACCACAACAACUACUAAUACGGAACCAACAACCGACCGUCGGCUCUCGGCAACCUUGGAUGGGAGUGCCCAUGGUCCAAAAUUCCCGCAACGUCGUGGCAGCAACGACUACAACAACAGCAGUAAUGGCAGCUUUAGUGAAGGAGACCUACCAAGACGGUACUCUCGCAGCGAACGGGUUCGAAACAACGCUGUUCAAAACAACGCUGCCAACGCGACGGGGGCUCCAACGCGCCCCCAGCGACGGUCCAGUCUGCUUUGCACCCCCAGUACAGCUCCAGUUGUGGCUGUCUUGGACGAAACGCAGAGACGGUCCAGUUGCCCCGAGAUCUUCUCUUCGGGUUAGAUAGAUAGGCAAAGAUGAUAGAAAUAAUUCAAUAUUGCUAGCUAUGCAGCAGUACACC